AUGGAAGUGGCGUUGUCAUUAUGGAUCGAAGACCGCAACCAAAAAAGGGUGCCCCUGAGUGGUCCAAUGGUCCGGGAGAAGGCAAAGCGUCUUUACGGUCAUUUUAAAGAACCUGAUGGUAGUUUUAGUGGUGAACGUACAGAUGGAGGAUUUCAAGCAUCGGAAGGUUGGUUUAAUAAAUUUAUGGUGAGACAAUCAUUGCAUAACAUCAAAAUCGUUGGAGAAGCAGCAUCUGCAGACAUUGUUGCAGCAGGACGAUAUCCAGAAGAAUUUGCAAACCUAGUAGCUGAUGGAGGGUACAAACCUGAGCAAGUAUUUAAUGCAGACGAAACUGCAAUGUUUUGGAAGAGAAUGCCAAACAAAACAUUCAUUUCUAAAAGCGAAAAGUCCGCUCCUGGAUUUAAGGCAGCAAAGGAUAGAGUUACACUGCUGCUAUGUUCUAAUGCAUCUGGAGAUUGUCUCAUUAAGCCACUGAUGCUUUACAGAUCGUUUAAUCCUCGUGCUUUAAAAAAUGAAAACAAGGACAACCUGCCAGUAUUUUGGCGUGCUAAUAAGAAAGCGUGGGUUACAAGCGCUAUUUUUUGUGACUGGUUCCGGAAUUGUUUUGUUUCUGAAGUUGAAACUUAUUUAAAAAAACAGAAUUUAGACUUUAAAGCGCUUCUAGUUUUGGACAAUGCACCAGGUCAUCCUCGCGAACUUGAAACUAUGCAUCCAAAUAUAAAAGUGACAUUUUUACCACCCAACACGACGGCUUUGCUUCAACCUAUGGACCAAGGAAUAAUCCAGGCCUUUAAGCUCUAUUACAUUAGACGAACCUUCAAAAUCAUAUUGGAUAAUAUGGAAUGUAAUUCUGAUAUGAAUGUUAUGGAUUGCUGGAAGAAAUUUGACAUAGCAAAAUGCAUCGCAAACAUAAAAGAAUCAUCGGAAGAACUGAAGCCACACACAUUGAAGUCAUGCUGGAAAAAACUGUGGCCUGCUCUGACUGCGGAAAAUGACGAAGAAUCUGUGCAAGUUCAAAUUUUGACUGCAAACAUAGCCGAAAUCGCGAAUGGAAUAGGACGAGAUGGGUUCGAACCAUAG